UUUUUGGUUGCUGAGGUCCCGCGCCGGGAGCAUGUUUUAGGCUUCUUCUCAGGACUGAGCAGGGAAGAAAGAGGGAUUCCUGUUGCACCUCUGUGCGAAGGAGAGCUCCUGUAGCGGGCGUGUUCCCUGAUUGCUCGCCGGGCCGCGGCCUCUCCCCACUCGCCUUUGAGCCCCGCAGUAGCCAAGAGCGGCGCCUUGGGCCUGGUACACCAUUUCGUCUAAGAAGACGGCGGCCCCGGGUCGCCCGCCCUGGGCAGGGCACGGGUAAGGGGUUAGCCAAGUUGCCUGGGCGGUGGUUGCUCCCCUAUUCCAGUCCUGCACGGCCCAGAGUCCGCGUGAUGGCUGCAGCGGUGGCGUCGUUGACGACCCAGAUGGAGGUUUCUGUGACCUUUGAUGAUAUAGCUGUGACUUUCACCAAAGAGGAAUGGGGGCAACUGGACCCAGCUCAGCGAACCCUGUACCAGGAGGUGAUGCUGGAAAACUGUAGACUUCUGAUGUCUCUGGGGUGUCCUAUUCCCAGACCUGUCUUGAUCUACCAGCUAGAGCAUGGACAGACACCAUGGACAGUGAGGAAAGACCUCUUCCAAGGACCCUGUUCAGGUGAGAAAGAAAAACUUAAGACCCCAGAACCUACUAGUGAGCAAGCCUUGCCUAAGGGAGUCUUACUCCAAGGACAGCUAACACAGGGAGCCUCAGGGGACUCCCAGGUGGGGCAAGGCAAGGAUCAGAAUGGGCUGUCUGAAAUGCAAAAAGGACACUUGAGACCAGAGACAGAUCCCCAGGAGAGGCUUCCUGGGAGAAUGAGCCCUGAACAUGAUGGGUUAGGGACAGCUGGUGGUACAUGUUCAAGGAUUAUACAAGAGCAAGUCUGUCCAGGAGAUAUAGCCCAUAACUCACAUGGAUCAGGUAAAGAUCUCAUGCUUCAGGAAGAAGAAAAUAUCUUUAAGUGCAAUGAAUGUGGAAAAGUGUUUAACAAGAAACACCUCCUUGCUGGACAUGAGAAAAUUCACUCUGGAGUUAAGCCCUAUGAAUGCACAGAAUGUGGAAAAACCUUCAUUAAGAGCACGCAUCUCCUUCAACACCACAUGAUCCACACUGGCGAGAGGCCCUAUGAAUGCAUGGAGUGUGGAAAGGCUUUCAACCGCAAAUCAUACCUUACACAGCACCAGAGGAUUCACAGUGGAGAGAAGCCUUAUAAAUGCAGUGAGUGUGGAAAGGCCUUUACCCAUCGAUCUAAUUUUGUCUUGCAUAACAGAAGACACACUGGAGAAAAAUCCUUUGUUUGCUCAGAAUGUGGGCAGGUCUUUCAACAUAGGCCAGGUUUUCUUCGACAUUAUGUUGUCCACAAUGGUGAGAAUCCCUAUGAGUGCUUGGAGUGUGGCAAGGUCUUCAAACAUAGAUCAUAUCUCAUGUGGCACCAGCAGACUCACACUGGAGAGAAGCCCUAUGAGUGCAGUGAAUGUGGAAAAGUGUUCUUGGAGAGUGCAGCCCUGGUUCACCACUAUGUCAUCCAUACUGGAGAGAAGCCCUUUGAGUGCCUGGAGUGUGGGAAGGCCUUCAACCACAGGUCAUACCUGAAGAGGCACCAGCGGAUUCAUACUGGGGAGAAGCCAUUUGUGUGUGGUGAAUGUGGAAAGGCCUUCACCCACUGCUCUACUUUUAUCCUUCAUAAAAGGGCCCACACUGGAGAAAAACCUUUUGAGUGCAAAGAAUGUGGGAAAGCCUUUAGCAAUCGGAAAGACCUUAUUCGUCACUUCAGCAUUCACACUGGAGAAAAGCCCUAUGAGUGCGUGGAGUGUGGAAAGGCCUUCACCCGCAUGUCAGGCCUCACACGACACAAGCGGAUUCAUAGUGGAGAGAAACCUUAUGAAUGUGUUGAGUGUGGAAAAUCCUUUUGCUGGAGCACAAACCUCAUUCGACAUGCCAUCAUCCACACUGGAGAGAAACCCUAUAAGUGUAGUGAAUGUGGAAAGGCCUUUAGUCGCAGCUCAUCCCUCACUCAGCAUCAAAGGAUGCAUACUGGCAGAAACACUAUCAGUGUAACAGAUGUGGCAAGACCUUUUACAAGUGUGCAAACCUCAGUUACACUCCGUGAACUCCUUUUGGGGAAAGACUUUGUGAAUGUAACCACUGAGGUAAAUCUUUUGCCAAAGGAAACAACUUCUGCAUCUGAUCAUGCAUACCAAAGAGAAACGCCACAAGUGUCUUCACUGAGAAAUCCUUCUGUUACAGAGUAUUACUUGUCAUCUACAAUGAAGUCAUAGUAAAAAUCAGCCCAGCAUAGAGCCUUAUUCUGCAUUUGAGAAUUCAUUCUGGAGACAGAACCAGUGGUUAUUGUACAUACAGGGAGAACUUUAGCUAUUACUUUCUCCUUAGUUUACAGUGCAGUGUUAUCUCAGGAAUUCUUUUUAAAAGGAGGAGCUAUAGAAAAUGAAAUGCAGGCACAGACUUCUCUCCCAAGCCUAUGGCACCUUGUCAUUGAUUCCUUAGUUUAUUUAAGGCAAGAGAAGUAUUUCAGAGAUAAAGGACCUCAACCCUUUUUGUUUCUUGUGUGUGCAUUCAUUGCUGUCCAGUGUGAGGAUAAUUAGUUGAGGGCAAGUCUGCAAACCUUAUUGCACAUCUGUGUUCCACAGUAGUCUUUACGCUUAGGAAACAUAACCCUUUUUUUUUUUUUUGGU